CACGUUCUGAACGGUUGCUUAGCUGUUUAGCCCUGACUGACGAAGCUAGACGCUCCCAGUCGAGCCGUUUUUGGAGGGGCUCUUUUUACUUCCUCACUUCAGUGGCCGUGCCUUGCUGCUCAUCGCACACACACCAACAACCUAGCACUUCUCCGUCUUCUUCUAGAGGUAGAUAUCCAAGUAAAAUGACCGACCAAGGCUUAUCAGACGAGGCCGCGGCAGCAGCGUGCAAAGAUGGAAACCCACUUACGAAGGAUUUCAUGAUGCAGCAGACCAUGCUGAGGGUGAAGGAUCCAGUGAAAUCCCUGGACUUCUAUACCAGGAUCAUGGGAAUGACGUUACUCCAAAAGUUUGACUUCCCCUCCAUGCACUUCUCCCUUUACUUCCUGGGUUACGAGGACAAGAAGGAGAUCCCUGCUGACGUGAAAGAAAGAACGGCCUGGACCUUCUCCAGACGAGCCACCAUUGAGCUCACCCAUAACUGGGGCUCUGAGAGUGACGCUAGCCAGUCUUACCACAAUGGCAACUCGGACCCUCGUGGCUUUGGGCACAUUGGAAUUGCGGUGCCUGACGUCUAUGCUGCCUGCAAGCUGUUUGAAGAGCAAGCAGUCACCUUUGUCAAGAAGCCUGAUGAUGGUAAAAUGAAGGGGUUGGCGUUUGUACAGGACCCUGAUGGCUACUGGAUCGAGAUUCUCAGCCCCAACAACAUGGUCUCCAUCACCUCUUAGAGGCAACAAGGAUCCCCCCCCAACGGGAUACAGUGGCGUUAUUUGGGAUGUAGAUUUUGCCAACAAUUUAGGAAAACCCCCCCAGUUCCAUGAAGGAUACUUAUGGGAGUAGCAGUGACACGACAUAAGGACAAGGCACACUCUUCUAUUGUCUUGAGAGCUCGUGGCAAUGAAAUGCAACCCGGCAUUGGGAAAAGGGCCAAUCGUAAAGAAUUAGGGUUGUAUUUCUCAUUGAGUUUAAUGGCUGAGCACCGGUUUGGCGGACAUUUUGUUUUGAGUAUACAGCGAUGCCUGACUUAACCUUCUAAUGUGCAGUAAAGCUAAACACCACUGUUCAAAGCUA